GGUGGUUUUGCUCCCCACUGCAACCUUCCUGUGAUUCCUGCACAUUUGGGUUUAUUUUUAAACAGAGCCGGGUCGUUUUUGGUGCUGCUGCCUCGAGCGUGCAGCGCUUCAGUUUGUGUGUGAGGAAGCUUUGUGGUGUGGGUUCAAAGGUUUCAGCGCCGAAGCACUUCCUCGUCCUCUGUUGCUCACAUCACUCCGACCUAGAGAGAUCAGCCUGUGAGCGCGCUGACCAUGUGUCCCUUCUAGCUUCAUGUGAGCCUCCAGUCUGUCAGACGGCGACAGCAGGAAGUCUCUGGGAUGCUGAGGAGCUCUGGAGGAAUGUAAAAAUCUGAAUCAGCUGAGUGAUGCCUCGGUCUUUUCUGGUGAAGCGCGGAGGGCUGCACCACCUUCGGGUCGCAGUGAGGAGCCCCAGUCCCGGUUCCACCCCGGUAGUGUUCGGCAAGCUAGAGAAAAACGUGGAGUCCUGGGACGCGUCCCUGGGGUACUCCGCAGCCAAAGAGCCAGAUGAAAAGCAAGCGUCUAUUCUAACUUCACAGGCCGAUAUUUAUGUUUCCAGUUGCGCCGAUGCAAACAUGCAACUUCAGCAAUUCAGUCCAAAAUCUAGCGAGUGUGCCUUUAUCAAAGAGGAGAAAGGGGGCGCUGUCUCUCCCGCAACAGGAGCAUGGCUGAGUUCUGCCGUGAGCUCAGAUUAUCCAGACAAACUGUCAGUGGACCUGGGACAUCUGACUCUGCCACAGCACAUCGAGAGGGAGGCGAGGAACAGCAGCUGCUCCAGGAUCAGUGUACUGAGACACGAGUGUCUGCUCUGUGGCAAAAUAUUUUCAUCUCUGUCAAGCCUGAAGACACAUAUAUGUAAAAGUCAUGGAAACAAAGCUACCCACUUCAAGGCCAGCAGGGCUGAUAAUAAGAAGUCUUCACACAGGGGCAAGGAGAAGACCUUCGGCUGUGAAGUGUGUGGGAAAGUUUUCAAGCGCUCCUCCACCCUCUCCACUCACCUGCUCAUACAUUCGGACACGCGGCCCUACCCCUGUCAGUACUGCGGCAAGAGAUUCCACCAGAAGUCGGACAUGAAGAAACACACAUUCAUUCACACAGGGGAGAAGCCUCAUGUUUGCCAGAUAUGCGGCAAAGCAUUCAGCCAGAGCUCCAACCUCAUCACGCACAGCCGAAAGCACAGGGACGACCGGCCCUACCGCUGCACUCUCUGCCACUACAGCUUCCAGCACAAAGUGGACCUGCGGCAGCACCAGGAGCACCACUGCACCUACCGCUGACCUCUGACCUUUCUCCUUCAUCUCAGAAAACACUUUGAGGACAGAAAUCCCCUCCAUCUGCUAUUCUGUUGAUCGGGUCUCGUGUAUCUACAGACUUCGCUCAGCUGCAGUACACCUCGUGUGUCUUUUGUGGCCUAAGACAUCCAUUCAUAUGAAAAGACAGACUGCUGCAGCUUCGGAUGGAAUUUACAUGUUUAGCUACUGCUGCGCUCUGCACUAAGCCUUUCAAAAAUAAACAUUUUCUUAAUCGAUUUCUGAGAUCUGAAUAUAUUUGCAGGGAUGUUUCUCAUGUUUAUUUACUGCACCAGGAGAAGGCAAAAAAAAGGUGGAAAGUUUCAAAACUUCUUAGCGUAUCAUUAGCUUAUUUUUAUUUAAUUGUGUUGUACAAGAGGAAUGUUUCUGGCUAUGGGAUUUGCAACCUUUAAGACUCACAGAAAGGUAUUUAUUUUACCAUUUUCAAAUAAGUCUAAUUUGUAUGAAGCUAUAAGAAAUACUUUUAUUUGUACUACAAAAGCUCUGAAUACAGAUUUUAUUUUUUUUUAACUGUCGUCUGCGUCCUGAACACCUUUUUUCAGAUGAAAACUUUGUCACUUAUGUGGUUUGUUGAAAACGUUAAAUAUUUACUCUUCUGAAGGCAAUUAGUUUAUUCUAUUUAGUGUUACCAGAAUAAAUGUGUUCACAGAUUUGCAUUUCUGAAAACCUGAAAAGUGAUGUAUUAUUUUCCUUUCAUUUCAAAAUCAUGCUGUACUUUGUGUUUGUCGGAUAAAAAGUCAACAAAUGGAAUGAAUUUUGAGUUUGGGCAAACUCCACUUCUAGUCCUUCCCCAUGUUAAACAGUAGCUCUAACUCAUAAAACAACAUUUUAUCAAAUUAAAACCAGACUUCGUUCCCCCAAAGUACAACUGGUCUUGAUUAGGUAAGUUUUAUGGAAAUAAUUUUGGUGUUAUGUGUACUCUGUCUUAUUCUAAUGGUUUUCUGUUUCCAUUUUUUUCUUCCUGCCUCAGUUAGAUUCUCCCUGCUGCUCUUCAUUUUGUUUAUUGUACUCACCUGUUUCCCAUGCCACAAUCAUGUCUCCACAGUAUUUAAACUCCUUGGCUUCAUUCUGUCAAUCUUCUGUUCCUAUCACCCUAAUUUCUGAGUUUCCUCUGAGUUUUGUAAGUCCAUCAUUAAAUUCACCAUCAAUCCAUCUGCAACUUUCUCCUCAAAAGCCUCAAAACAUGACAUUAGAUGGACUGAAUGGGGUUUAAAUCAGGCUAACAGUUCAGCCUAAUUAGUGUAAGUUACCAGAUGUUUCAAUGAAGGCAGCAUUAGUUAUGUGAUGUUACAUUAUCAGCGCUGCAAGGAUAGCAGAGUACUACCUUCUGCAUAAAAAGCCAAUUUGCCACAGCUUCUUGGCUUUACAUCUGAGUAGGAACGUAAUAAACACUUAAUG